CUGACAGCUUCUUCUCUUUCCCUUUCCGUUGUUCCCUCUGUUUCGUUCUCCCAAGUCCUAACCCAGAUUUUAUCUAAUUUUAUUUUUUGAAUUCCCUUUCGUUUUUGGAGAUUAUAAGUUCAGUUUUCGUCAAGCUAGAGUUUUUUUUUGGGGGGGGAUUAUUGGGAUGUGGUGAAGCAGUUUUCGGAAGCGGGAGAUUUCUGUGGUUUAAUCUUUAGGGUUCGCCGGUUGAGGGGAAAUUCCGGUAUAUUUUUCGUCGGAAUCUGGAAAUUUCUCCGGCGACAUGGCUUCCAAUCUCUCGUUGAGCCCUCAAUUAGAGCAGAUCCAUGGCGAAAUCCGUGACCAUUUCCGAGCCCUCGCGAAUGGUUUCCAGAGGUUGGAUAAGAUCAAGGAUUCAAAUAGACAAAGCAAGCAACUGGAGGAACUUACAGAGAAGAUGAGAGAGUGUAAAAGGUUGGUGAAGGAGUUCGACCGUGAACUCAAGGAUGAGGAAGCUAGAAAUUCUCCUGAAGUAAAUAAGCAAUUGAACGAUGAGAAACAAUCUAUGAUCAAGGAACUCAAUUCUUACGUUGCACUAAGAAAAACGUAUAUGAGUACCCUUGGAAACAAGAAAGUUGAACUAUUUGAUAUGGGAGCUGGAGUCAGUGGAGAACCUACAGCUGAAGAAAAUGUUCAAGUGGCCUCAUCUAUGUCAAACCAGGAGCUUGUUGAUGCUGGAAUGAAAAGAAUGGAUGAGACUGAUCAGGCCAUUGAGCGCUCAAAACAGGUUGUAGAACAAACACUCGAAGUUGGAACUCAGACUGCAGCUAACUUAAAAGGACAGACGGAUCAAAUGGGGCGAGUCGUUAACCACUUGGACACGAUUCAGUUCUCAAUCAAGAAGGCCUCCCAGCUUGUGAAAGAGAUAGGGAGACAGGUGGCUACUGAUAAAUGCAUAAUGAUGUUUCUGUUUCUCAUUGUAUGCGGUGUUAUAGCCAUUAUCAUAGUGAAGAUCGUGCACCCGAAUAACAAAGACAUUAGGGACAUCCCUGGAUUAGCUCCUCCAGCGCAAUCGAGGAAGCUAUUGUACUUGAGGAAUCCAGAGUACAUGGGAAAAUAGAGAUCUCUGUCUGUAUAUUUUGAUUCACGUGGAAUGAGGAAAUUGCAUCUUGAGGUUGGAUAAUCCAUCUUCUUUGCUUUUGCAUUUGUUUACACUCCAUUUCAUGGAUGAGAGAGAGAGAGGGUUUGAGCUUUGUGUGCUUUGAUAGUUGCCGAGGCUUGGGGUUGCUUAAGUUCAUGUUUUUUUUUUUUCACCCAGUCAUUUGAAUCUGGGCUCUGAUUGGAGGGUUUGUAUAUUUCAUCUUUUGUUUUGCUUGUAGUAACUUAUCACUUCUUCUUUUGUAUAAAAUUCAGAGCAUGUUAUACU